UUCUCGCUCUCGCGCACACCCAAGGGGGUGGCGCUGUAUGUUGCCAGAUCUUUGAAGUUUUUGGUUUCGUAUAUGACCCUACAACGACGGCUGUUAUUCCAGGCACGACGUCCUGCUACUACUACUGCUACUAACUUGCUGAAGCAUCGCCCGGAAGCUUCAUCACCCACACAACUGCGAGCAUCACUACGACCGUGUCAACUACGACGAUGGCUUGCGACUCAACAACAAAAGACUACUACCGCCACUAAUUCAGCCAAAGUCAUUGCCCCUCGCAAUGGCCUACUCGAUCCCUUCUUUAACGAUCAACAACAUAAGCCCAUUCCACAAUAUUCACGGAAAACGGCUGAGGACGUGGCUUCUGCCAAAACUCCACCGACACGUACGCGCAUGUUGAGUCGUGACUUUAUCGACGAUUGUCUAUACAAUCCCAACUAUGGCUACUUUUCAAAGCAAGCUGUUAUCUUCUCGCCAGAAAUGGAUGUUGACUUUACAGAGCUGCGGGACCAUUUGGAGUUUAUGGACUUGCUGGCCAAGAUGUACAAGGAUAUCGAAGGCGAGAUCGAUGAAGUGGACGAGGUUGCACGGCAGGUCUGGCACACGCCUACUGAACUCUUCAAGCCUUGGUACGGUUACGCCGUUGCAAAAUACAUGGUUUCGGAAUACAAGCUCAACUUGUAUCCGCACAAGGAUUUGAUUAUCUACGAAAUGGGCGCUGGUAACGGUACGCUCAUGAUGAAUAUCCUCGAUUACAUCCGAAAGUACGAGCCAUCUGUCUACAAGCGCACACAGUACAACAUUAUCGAAAUCUCAGGCAAGCUUGCCGAGCGUCAAUCCGAAAGUCAAGAUGUUCGUGACGUGACCGAACAGCAUACCUGCGUCAAGAUCAUCAACAAGAGUAUCUUUGACUGGGAUAUCCAUGUGCCCGACGAGUGUUUCUUUUUGGGCAUGGAAGUCAUUGAUAACUUUGCACAUGACGUGAUACGCUACGAUUUGGAGACACUGCAACCAUACCAAGCACUCGUCAGCAUAGACGAAAAGGGCGACUAUUCGGAACUCUACGAACCGGUCGGUAAUGACGCGCUCAUUUCACGCUACCUAGCAACACGGAAACAAACGCGAUACCGAAGCCCUAUUCUGUCACGGCAGCUGUGGCACAAGUUUUUGCAACUGAUGCCGUUGGGCCCCAACCUCACAGCACCCGAGUUCAUUCCGACCAAACUGUUCUUGUUCUUGGAAACCCUCAAACGUCAUUUCCCGCACCAUCGACUGAUCCUAUCCGACUUUUCACAAUUACCCGAUGCCGUAGAAGGCGUGGAUGGACCCGUUGUGCAGACGCGGUACAGAGGCACGAUGGUGCCAUGCUCAACAUACAUGGUCCAGCCCGGCUGGUUUGAUAUCUUUUUUCCGACCAACUUUGAACUGUUGAGAGACAUGUACUUGUUGGUGUGUCGCGGCACGCGUGCUGGAAGCGAUAAAAGCGUCAAGGUGCUGACGCAUCGCGAUUUCUGCGAACGCUAUGGCGAUAUAGAGCGCACUACUACACGCAGUGGUGAAAACCCGAUGCUCAUGUAUUAUGAAAAUAUGAAGUUUUUGAUUACUUAAAAUUUACAUUACAACCACAACCAUAAGUUUACUGUUUUACCGCUGCUAAACCGUGCUUAUUUCGCUCUUUGUGUCACAUACUACCAGCACUAUACAUAUCUCAUAUCCUCUUACCUGCGCGUAUCACACUUUCUCUUAAUGAUGUAAAUGUUUUCUUCUAUCAUUAAUAUGCUCACUUGUUCAUAUAAAGGUAAAACCAAAAGACUG